GGAAAUUUAUAGUAAAGUUUUACACAGCCAAAAUUCUCAUCAAAAAAUUUGAUUUUUACAGGAAAAAUGAGAAGUAAAUGUCUGUUUUUACUGUUGCUCAUUACUUCGGCUUACAUUGGAGUUUCCGCCAAGAACCACUCCUCAAGACCUAAAUUAAAAAGAAAUGAUUUCCCAAAAGAUUUCAUUUUUGGAUCUGCUACUUCUGCAUAUCAGUGCGAAGGUGCUGCUCAUGAAGAUGGUAGAGGACCGAGUAUCUGGGACACCUUCUCUGAAAAUUUCCCAGAGAAGAUUAUGGAUGGUAGUAAUGGUACCAUUGCUGAUGAUUCUUACCACCUGUACAAGGAAGAUGUGGAUUUGCUGCAUCAACUUGGCUUCAAUGCUUACCGAUUCUCGAUCUCCUGGUCACGGAUUUUGCCUCGUGGGGAUCUAAAGGGAGGUAUCAACCAGGCAGGAAUUGACUAUUACAACAACGUAAUUAAUCAACUUCUGUCCAAAGGAGUGAAGCCAUUUGUCACAAUCUUCCACUGGGACUUACCAGAGGCACUCGAACAUGCUUACGGUGGAUUCCUCGGAGCAGAGAUUGUGAAUGAUUUUAGGGACUAUGCGGAACUCUGUUUCCAGAAGUUUGGAGAUAGAGUGAAACAUUGGACGACGAUAAACGAGCCAUUUACAGUGGUUCAUGAAGGUUAUAUAACAGGUGAAAAGGCACCUGGAAGAUGUUCCAAUUUUACUAAACCUGAUUGCACCGGCGGUGAUGGAGCCACCGAGCCUUAUAUCGUUGGCCAUAACUUCCUCCUAGCUCAUGGAGCCGCCGUCAAAGUCUACAGAGAAAAGUACCAGGCUACUCAAAAAGGCGAAAUUGGUAUUGCCUUAAACACACAAUGGCACUACCCUUACUCAGAUUCAUAUGCUGACCAAUUAGCCGCUGCUCGAGCCACGGCGUUUACCUUUGGUUACUUCUUGGAGCCAAUCGUCUAUGGUAGAUACCCAAUAGAAAUGGUCAGCCAUGUCAAAGACGGUCGUCUUCCUACAUUCACACCAGAAGAGUCUUCAAUGCUCAAAGGAUCAUUCGAUUUCAUAGGCAUUAAUUAUUACUCAUCUUUCUACGUUAAAGACGUGCCGUGUGCAACUGAAAACAUCACCAUGUCCACCGAUUCUUGUGUCAGCGUCGUAGGUGAUCGAAAUGGAGUGCCUCUCGGUCCAACGGCUGGGUCGGAUUGGCUUUUGAUAUACCCCAAGGGUAUUCGUGAUCUUCUACUACAUGCAAAAUUCAAGUUCAAUGAUCCCGUCUUGUACGUCACAGAAAACGGAGUGGAUGAAGCUAAUAUAGGAGAAAUCAUUCUCAGUGACGACUUGAGGAUUGACUACUACGCACAACACCUUAAGAUGGUUCACGAUGCAAUCUCGAUGGGGGUGAAUGUGAAAGGAUAUUUCGCUUGGUCGUUGAUGGAUAAUUUCGAAUGGGCGGAAGGAUACACGGUCCGGUUCGGGCUAGUGUUUGUGGACUUUGAAGAUGGACGACGUAAGAGAUAUCUCAAGAAAUCAGCUAAGUGGUUUAGGAGUUUGUUGAAGGGAGAGUAUUAUGGGACGAAGCAGCAAGUAGCUGUUAUUUAACAACUAAUCAUGCAUGGUCACUGGUUAAUUUGUUCUACUAUUAAUUGCCUAUAUAUAUAACACGUACCGUUAUUUCUUUUCGAUGUACAGAAAAAAAAAAAACAUAUCUUAGAAUAAGAGGUGGCUUUGUUUGGAUGUUACUCAAUUUGAUACUGGAGAACAUUACUAAUUCUGGGCGUUCGUUAGUAUACAAACGAAGCAGCAGGUGCCUGUUAUUUAGUAAAUCUAAAUCAUGAGCCUCUGCUUAUUUGUUGUCUAUGUAUGAUACCUACUGUUUCUUUUUCCAUGUACAGAAAACAAAAAAAUUAUAGCUUUAUCAUCGUAAAAAAAAAGAUGUAGCGUUGUUUAGACGUUACUAAAAU